UGAAGAGCACAAUGGUGUGACAAGGUUCGUCAUCAACAUGGCUGGUGGGUGCUUCCUUGCUGGCGUUACGCUUCUGGUGGCUGUAAUUUUGGUACCAAGUGGUGAAUCACGCUUUCGGACGACUCAACCGACUUUGGUAGAGUUUGGAAUUUUUGUCGCGGGUGAUUCUACUUGCUUCUUCAAAAGAAUCUUCAAGGGACAAAAAAGUCCCGUCGUGUUUAGUUUGCAAAGUCCCACACUCAUCAACUACGUGAAGAUCGAGAUGGCCAACACCAACAUUCGAAAGGGAGGUAUUUCAGCCCAGAUCCUGAACGGUGCUACAGCGACGGUUUCGCUAACAGUGCAAAUCACCGAUGGCAGCCUGAAGAGUGUCUUCACCAACGAUGUCGACGUAACGAUGCUUUGCACGCCACCAGCUGGAUAGUUCCGAUAAUCUGGGGUGGCUUUUGCCACUCGAUAUUAGAAAUUAUUGUAAAUAAAAAAUACUUUUUAGUAGUUUUAAGAUAAUUCUUGAGAAGUGAAAUGUACUGAAAAAUCUCCAGAAAAA